AUGAGUGGCGGAGGACAGGCAGCUACAGCUGAACAUACAGUUGUUGCUGCACCUACAGCAGCGAGUGUAGCUGCGCCUCCGCUUGCAUCUGCGCAUGGAGUCAAAACUACAGUGACAGCAGCAACUGUAGCGUCCGGCGGUGCCUGUGGCUUGACAUUGUAUAAGGCCCCGCUGUAUACGAAGAGCGGAGGAGUUGGAGAGAGAUCUGAGAGAGUUAGCAGAGUGCUGCAGAGGUUGUGCGGCUGCUCGUGGGCUUCUGUACAGAAGCUGCUGCGGCUCAAGGAGGCGUUCGUCGUCCCUCAUGAGAGGUAA